GCCUGAGGAGCACGCAGAGGGCGGCUUCACCCCUCACAGACUCAGCCGGCGCCCGGCCAUGGCGGUUCGCGCCUCCUUCGAGAACAACAACGAGAUCGGCUGCUUCGCCAAACUCGCCAACAACUACUGCCUGGUGGCCAUCGGCGGCUCCGAGAACUUCUACGGGGUCUUUGAAGGGGAGUUGUCAGAGUCUAUACCUGUGGUCCACGCAUCAAUAGCAGGAUGUAGAAUUAUUGGAAGAAUGUGUGUCGGCAAUCGGCACGGGUUACUGGUGCCCAACUCCACCACAGACCAGGAGCUGCAGCACAUCCGGAAUUGCCUCCCAGACUCUGUGGCCAUACAGAGAGUGGAGGAACGGCUUUCCGCACUUGGCAAUGUCAUCGCCUGCAAUGACUACGUGGCUCUGGUUCACCCAGACCUUGACCGAGAAACCGAGGAGAUCUUAGCUGACGUCUUGAAGGUGGAGGUUUUCCGACAGACUGUGGCUGGGCAGGUUCUGGUUGGCAGUUACUGUGCUUUCAGUAACCAGGGAGGUCUGGUCCAUCCGAAGACCACCAUUGCGGACCAGGAUGAGCUGUCCUCGCUGCUGCAAGUUCCUCUUGUGGCAGGUACAGUGAACCGCGGCAGCGAGGUGAUUGCCGGAGGAAUGGUGGUGAACGAUUGGUGUGCUUUCUGCGGCCUCGACACGACCAGCACCGAACUCUCAGUCAUUGAGAGCGUUUUCAAGUUAAACGAGACUCAGCCCAGUGCUAUUACAACCACCAUGAGAGACUCGCUGAUAGAAAGCUUAACAUAAGGACAAGCCUGGGGGGAGGAGGAGAAGGCUUUCCUGUGGAAUCACUGGUGCCUAUUCUUUCUGCUCAAGAAUAUUGGAGCCCAGACGCCAGGCAAGGCUGCUGGCGAUGAAGGAAUCCUGUUCUAAUGUAUUAAUUACUAUAUUAAUUCUCUGCUCAUUCUUCCUCUUUUCAUCUCCACCCCCAACAAAAAAGUCUUCCCUUUUCUCUCCUCACCCCUACUCACCCACCAAACUAAAUAAACCCCAAGGAAAAAUCUUUGAUUUAAAAAAAAGAGGGGAAAAAAUGGUAACUGUCAGAAUAUUGUGGACUCGAAUCAGCCUCGCCUGGUGUGCUGUGGGACUGUUACGGAGUGUGACAGUGACAGAUCCUUGUCAUCUGUCUUCCAGAAUUUCACCCCAGGCCCAACAAGAGAAACCUCUGCUGCCUUGCUGACAGACUGAGGUAAUGGCUGCCGGUGCUUGGCUGUGCUGCUCCUGGGUCAUGGGGAUUUCAUGUCGGCCUGACUGAGGGGAGGGUGAAUCCAAGCCUUGUAUGCUGCUUUCUCACUGGGAGUGAUCACUGCUACACAAUACAUUGUAUAAUGACAGCUCACUCCGCAUUGCGAAGAACCUGUACCAUGCCUGCCUUUCUGCGCAGUGAGUGCAUUGUGGCUGUGCUGUACACAGCAGUAUUGCUCAGUACAGUGUGGGACCCUGUAUUACACUGUGCAUUGAUCCCUAUUAGUGCAUUGCUAAAGUGUUGCUCUGCAUUGUGCAAAUGUGCUCUCAUCUCCUAUGUUGGCCAGCCCUGCUCCUGCUAUAGUGACCUUUAUAAUUGCUGUGUAUGAAUGCCCCGUGUGUCUGAGGUUUGUGACCAGACUUGUGGGCAGUGUGGAAGCCAAGCCCACUGUCUCCAACUGGGAGACAAUAAUCCCACUAACCCCUCAUCACACAGCCACAGCCUCAUGAAUGGGGAGCCACCUCAGUAAGUGAUGGUUUCAGCUUCUGAAAGCUCUGGUGUACAUGUACAGGACUGGCACUGCUGUAUGCGGGUAAUCCACCCCCACUAGCAGUUAAUUAGAGUGUCCCCUUAAUGAGAGCGUUAUUUUAAUCACUCUCCAAGACCUCAUUGCACUCUGAGGUUACGGUGCGUUGAUGCUUAGAUAAAUGGAGAUAUGAAAUACCAUGAUAAUUGUAUCAUCUCUGAGGUUUUUGUCCUGGUAAUAAGGGUUAGGAAAGCUGGGUUGAAGCCUUGGGAUGUGAUCAGGUUUACCAACGAGUUGGAGGCUGCAGUAGGCGGGAAUGAUCUUUUUGCAAUAAUAAACACUUGUUUUCUGUAUGAAA